AUGUUCAGCGUUCUCUGCCUCUCACUCCUUCUGGCGCUCAGCAACAGUGCAGGUUAGUGCCCCCUUUCUGAUUGGUGUGUUUCCGGUGUGCUGACUUCUGUCCUACCAAAUUAUCGGCAUUCCGCUGACUGUGAAACCUGUACACUUCGGUGUAGGGUUAACAAACGAAAUGGUGAAAGCAGCGAUUAUAAUAUCUCGUAUCCGGCUGUCUUCCAGCAUCGCAGGCAUUUAAAGUCAGUGCAGGUCUACCGUCGAAGAAAUGUGAUUCGGAGUAUUCGUCUUAAUACUGACGAGCGCGUUGUAAAAUUUCCUACCUUCCUUUAACGUGUAGUGUUUUGUCUUAGUUAUAUUUUUUAACUUAAUUCUAUGUAUGUAUAUAAAUCGGCGAGGAGAGACGACAGAGAAUGCGGAUAGAUUGCUACAGUACUGUUUCGGGCUUACUGUGCCUUCAUUCAGCCAGUCAUAUCCCUGACCACCAGCAGGUGCUAUUGUGACCUUUGCCACCCAUACGGAGCUUGUUUGCCUCUUGAAGCCAAUAGAUAGGUGUGCGCUCAUUCCUGAUUUAUAUAUAUAUAUUUAUAUAACACACGGCUAUGCGGUUAAUGGCGGGGCUCGAGAGGGAGCUCCAAGUUACAACCGGAGGAUUGAGUUCCGUAAUGUUAUCCGAGGACGUCCAUUGACCAUAAUAUACAUAUAUCUAAUGGUUUUGAAAGCAUACAUGCGUGUUAGUUUAUCGCCAGUAAAGAAGCUUUUCCGAUGCUGAUUGACCAGGGGUUACCAUGUCAAUAACUGGUAAAAGCAAAUUAAUCAGAAGCUUUCAUGGCAGCAUUCGGUACGAAUCUUAAACCUUCGCAUCUACUGCCAAUUUUGAAGAUCUCUGACCCACGUUUACCUACUUUGAUUAGUAUCACGCUGCAAAUUUACCAUCUCUGCUCACAAACUGUUUCACUUGUAGCGGGCAACAAUGUCUGCAAAUUGCCAGUCGAGCCCGGUCUGUGCAGGGGCUUCUUCCCCAGCUUCGCCUACGUUCCUGAGGUGAAUCGCUGCGAAAAAUUCAUCUACGGUGGCUGCGGUGGCAAUGGCAACCGCUUCGAAAGCCUUGAGGAGUGCCAGCGAGCCUGCGGCGGCAAUAGUAAGUCUUGAUUCCACUUGUUGCCCUCUGACCACUUAUUCUUUGGAAUUAUUACUGACUGGCUUCUCAGUCGUCCUCCUCGACUAUGUUCACCUUGUGCCCCACAAUAGGAGGGUGGAGGAAAGGGGGCGGAGGGACAGUGGCUUUCAUGGGAUUUAGUUUAGUGGACUUGCGCAGCGUUCGCGCAUUCUCUCCUCCUCGCCCACAGGGAUUCGAUGUCAGGAAAGAGUCAAGAGGACCGGAGCGGAGGGGGGGGUGUGAAACAGAUAGAAUGCGCAGUCUCGGUUUGCUACUAAUUUUCCUUCUUUGCCUCGGAGCUACAGGCAUGCAUUAUUUCAGAGUAAAUUUAAACGCGACUACUGACUUGCUUGAAUAUUUAUGUUCUUGUAGAUUAUCGAAUCAGCGCAUAAUGACAGCGAAGGAAGUAAAUUCGUGAACUAAAGGCUGGAGUUUGCAACCCCGUGGGGGUUUGCUUUUCCGUACAUUUGCUAAAAACUCGAAUUCUUGAGGUAUUUCGCUAGCGACAGGAAUUCAAAACAAGCAUAAACAAUGCGACUUAUUCUCACUAAAACGUUCACGAAGACUCCUCGGCUGUUUUAUGUCGUCGCAUCACAUGGAUAACGCAUAACGUAAGUGGACAGGGUUCUCUACCCUAUGAAACACGUUUGUCCAAUCUCGGACUUUUUCCACUCAGUUACAGACAGCUAAGAGGCGACCUUAUACAAACAUUCCGCGGCCACGACUGCUGUCUCGUACCUGCUGUUUUCUUUGAGUUAGCGACCACAACGAACCUCCGAGGUCAUCCACUUAAGCUACGCGUAACUGGCGCCAAGCUGGACAUUCGGAAGUUCUUCUAUUCAAACAGAGUGCUUGAGGCCUGAAAUGCUCUGCCUACAGAUGUCGUCAUAUCCACCUCUGUCGAGGCUUUUAAGCGCAAGUUGGACCAGUUUACCACCAAGCGUCAUAAUGCCACCUGACCGACAACGUCUAGCAUUUCGUUCGAGCAGUUUGUUAAUGUUGUUAUAUUACUGCCUGCAUUUCAGUAACGUUCGUUUUUUUAUUAUUGUCCAAUGUCUGUUGAAUGCGUGCUGGCAUCUAAUUCGUCUCCCUCCGAAACUGAGAUAGCACCAACUAUCCAUAGACAGAUUGCUGUACAGCACACUUAGUAACGUUAAUGUUUUUAACUCGUGGAACAAUUCGUUUAUCUGUCUGGCUCGAAAACCUUGCCAAACUGAAGACACUCUGUAGCUGUUUGAUCUUUCCAUUUCAACUUUUUGAUAUAGUUCGCUUCCUUGUAACAAAUAGGGAGUUCAAAGGUUCAACACCUAUAUUUCCCUCAAAUAAACUGAAAUAAACUGAACUGAACUAAUGCACAAACUGCGGGUUGAAUUUAUUCAUAAGAUCAAUAUAAAAAUCGGAAAGAUCACAGUUCGAGACGUACGCGCAGAGUAAUCGAUGGAAAGAGUUUACCUAACACGUGCCAGAAGGAAGGAAAUGAAGGUGUAAAUUGAAAAGUCUAUCGAAUAACGCCUACUUUGAGAAAUGCGUUUAGUAAUUCUCGAUGGUAAAAUUAUCCCGGUCAUAUAGGGACUUGAAGUGAGUGAACGAUCUCAUGAGAUGUCAGCCGAGAUUCUGAAUUGCGUUUUUGAUAAGGAAGGAUAUCUUAUGUGCCUUUGUGAUAUUGAUUAUCGUGCGACAUUAUCCUAUAAUAUUUUUUAGCCUUGUCGGCAUUUGGGUUUUAGAAUGCCUUUUUUCGACUACCCGAAAAAAGAAAGUUCUGAUCAAAUGGUUUGCUUCUACUUCGAUUUUCGAUGCCCGUAUAAAUUCAGGUAUAUUGAAUAGAAUAGUGCUGCUUAUGGAUUUUAUAACAUAACCCACAUCCACUGCGGAGAAAGGAAUUUCUUGCUUUUAAAAAAUGCUUUUUGUUAGUAGAUUUCGCAAAACUGUGGCAUAUAUAUCCACAAAGCAUCCUAUCUGUACAUUUGUUGAAGCUGCUUAACUAGUAGGCAACAUGGUCUACAUUAAUUGCAAAAUUUUAUGAGCCCCACAUGACAUCUUCUAGAUUUCCUUGGGAAAAAAUAUAAUCUUCCUUACACAGACAGUGUGCGGCAUGUAGUUUGGAAACUCUAGGCGCAAGGGCCAUUGCUGGUAGGGUUUAAAAUUAUUCGAGGACAAAAAAAAUAUUUUCAAAAUCUAAAGACGCUUUUUUUCCAAGUAGAAAUCAUACUAUUUAAGCAGUCAUUUUUACCUAAUCGAAGACAAGUCGUCUGUUAUAAAACCAAACUGACAGAGCACCACAGUCUGUACUGCAUCAGAUUUCCUUGACUUAUAAGCAAGCAAGGGAUGGUAGAUGCCCAAACUGGCCUUUUGAACUAGUAGUACGCGAACUAACAUUGCACGGGUGGCACAUUCUCAACCCAUCAUGAUUUUCAGGUCGGGAGAAUCGUUGUGAGUUGCCCAUUGAGGCCGGAAACUGCCUCGCCUAUCUUCCUCAUUACGCCUUCGAUAGAAGACAGCGCAAAUGUGUGCGCUUCAUCUACGGCGGUUGUGGAGGAAACGCCAACAGGUUUGACACUCUGGAAGGAUGCAAGAGGGCCUGCGAAUAG